UGAAACUGCAGUCCGACUCCUUGGACAUUAGUUUGAACUCGUCACUUGCGCACAUUUGAUCUCAGAUUACAGGGCGAGCGAUGAGGACAAACAAAGCAGUGUGUUCAUUGUGUGUCACACAACAUGCAUGCAGACGUGGAAAUGAUUCGGGUUACGUCUUCCAGCACACGAGAAAACCAUCAAACACUAAGCCUGUUGUACACAUUUUGAUUGUUUUUGUUGGUUGAGGUGAUGCUGGACAUACGUUGCCUCACUCUGUUCUAGCCAAAACUAUCUUUGCCCUCAUACUGACAGAAGGCUAUUUUGGAGUUUAGUAUGUGGAGAAAGAUAUGUCAGCUGUUCAGCACUACGCUCCAUCACAGCAGAGGAGAAAAACACAACGAGAGAGAGAGAGAGAGAGAGAGAGAGAGCACUGCUGCCUGUCAGCCUUGGGGACUGGGAUAUAGUUUGCAAACCUGGGCAUGUUCUCCUUUGGCUAAACAAUUGAUGCUAAUCUAAAAGGCUUUGUGAGAAACAAAUCAAGACCCGGAUGAGAUCAACUGCCAUGGAUGUUUUAUCCAGUGUUUUUUUCAGGUGAAGGUGUUUCAGAGGGUCUGCAAGGAUACUUUCUUUUUUGAAAACACCUCUCUAGAUGAAGUAAACAUUCACAGAGAAGAGCAGGAGACAUGGGCGACAACAUACCAGGUGGAAUUGUAGCAGCUGCAAAGAACCGGCUGCAGGUCGUGAAGGGUCUGGAGGAUGUGGAGGUGUCCGAAUGUGAGAGCUGCUCUUUUGAGGUGAAGCUCAACCUGGCCUACAUCGAGGGUGUGUGGACCAGAGAUGAGAUGCAACUCAAGUGUAAGCCCAACUGCCGCAUCAGUAUGCAUGGGAAGAAACACUCCCUCAUACUGAACAGGGUGGCUCUGGGAGAUGCUGGCCUGUUCUCUUUUGAGGCUAGUGGCAUUCAGACGUCCGGCCGCCUCAGUGUCAAAGCUAGAGAUAUCCACAUAGUGAAGGAGCUAGAGGAUGUCGACACAGUUGAGCGUCAACCUGUGAACUUCACAUGUGAGGUCAAUCAGGUGGAUGUGGAAGGUCGUUGGUACCGAGAUGACUGCAGGAUCAGAACGGGGGACAACAUCAAGAUCAGACACCAGGGUAAAUCUCACACCCUGAUGUUUCCGUCAGUCAGGCCGGAGCAUGCUGGAGAGAUCAGAUUCACUGCAGAGCGUGUGUCAUCCUAUGCAACGCUCACGGUUACAGAGCUCCCAGUCCAAAUAGUGCGCCCUCUGAGGGUCAAGGUAGCCAUGUAUCACUACCGGGGUUUGCUAGAGUGCCAGGUGUCACGACCUAAUGCUCACGUCAGGUGGUACAAGAACGGAAAGGAGCUCCUGCCCAAUAAGAAGUACCAACUAAUCAGCCAAGAUGUGUACAGGCAGCUGACCAUUGACGACGUGUGCUCCUCAGAUGAGGACACCUACACCUGCGAUGCUGGAGAUGAUGAAACCUCAUGUCAGCUUCUGGUGGAGGAGCAGGCUAUCAGCAUAGUGCGGGGGUUGAGCUCGGUAGAGGUGAUGGAGCCAGAGCCAGCGCUGUUCCAAGCAGAGACCAGCCUGAAAUCUGUGAGGCCUCCCAAAUGGACCUUGAAUGGGGAGGUGCUGGAGCAUUGUGCCGCGGUGAACAUCAACAGGGACGGCGCCCUCCACAGUCUCCUUCUCACCUCCACAGAUAGCACCAUGUCUGGCCCUGUGCUCUUUGUAGUUGGAAAGAGUCGUUCCACUGCUCAGCUCACUGUGAAAGAACGACCCCUUGAGGUUGUUCACCACUUGGAAGAUGUGGAGGUGAAAGAGAACAGUUCUGUGACUCUGAGGUGUCAGUUUGCCCCAUCUCCCAGGGUGGUGAGAUGGUUUAAAGGUCGGACUACCCUGAAGACCUCGAACAAGUACAGCAUGAGGAGAGAAGGGAAACGAGCAGAGCUGACCAUUCAUGGCCUGACAGGAAUGGAUGCAGGGCAGUACCGCUGCAUUGGUGGAGGCUCACAGAGCACAGCAUACGUUAAAGUAGAAGUGCGAACACUUAAGUUGGUCAAACACCUUGAGCCAGUGGACAUUGAGGAGGAUGGCAUUGCCUCUUUCUCAUGUGAGCUCAACUAUGUGGUUGCCAACGUGGAGUGGCUCCUCAACAACGUCCGCAUCUACCCCAACGCCAUCAACAGGAUCCAGCACAUGGGCACAAUGCACAGCCUCACAUUGAAGAAGCUGCGGCCACAGCAGAGCAGGGUCACCUUUAAAGCAGGCCUUCUCUCUGAGACGACACUCUUGAGAGUCAAAGAAUGUCCUGUGGUUUUCCUGAGGUCACUGGAGGAUGUAGUGGGAGAGGAGCAAGGGCAGGUCUGUCUGCAGUGUGAAAUUUCCAAAGAGACUGUGACUCCUGUGUGGAGAAAGGAUGGCAUGGUUCUGACUGCUGAUGAUAAGCAUGAACUAUUCCAGUCUGGGAAGUCCAUGGCACUGAUCAUCCAUUCCCUCAGCAAAGAUGAUGCUGGACAAUACAGCUGUGACCUGGGCACCAGCCAGACUAAGGCUAAAGUCAGAGUACACGACUUGCACCUCACUAUUGUUCAUCGUAUGAAGACAGCCUCUGUCUCAGAGGGUGAAAGCUGUUCUUUUGAGUGUCUCCUCUCUCACGAUCUUGACGACGAGGCUUCCUGGACAAUAAAUGGCCAGACGAUGGUCACCAAUAGCCGGACCCAGGUGAUCAACAGUGGCCGCAAGUAUCAGAUGACCAUCACAGAUGCCACUCUUAAGGACACUGGAGAUGUGGUCUUUACAAUUAAAGACCUCAGCUGUAGGGCCAUGCUUUUUGUCAAAGAGAAACCGGUGAACAUCUUCAGGGACCUGUUGAAUGUAAAGGGGGUGCCAGGCGAGGAUGCAGAGCUGAGCUGUGAAAUCGCCAAUACUGAGGUCACCAUUCGCUGGUUAAAAAAUGGCCAUCUCAUCAGACAGAGCCCUAAGUAUGUAAUGAACGUGGAGAAGCACUUGGCACGGCUGGUGGUCAAGAAUUGCACCAUCAGAGACUCUGGGGAAUACUGCUGUGAGGCUGGAGGUGUUGCCUCCCGUGCUAAGCUGGAGAUCAGAGAAUUCCAGCACACAUUUGCAAAGGAGUUGAGGGAUGCACGAGCAGAGGAAAAGGGUAAAGUGACCCUGGAGUGUGAGACCAGGCAUCCCGCCAAGCGAGUGACCUGGCUGAAGGGAAUGGUGGAGCUGAAGUCUGGCAGGAAGUAUGUGAUCAGGCAGAAGGGUGUGGUGUUGUCCCUGACCAUUACCUGUCUGGAGAAACUGGACACAGAUAUUUACACAUGCAAUGUCGGCACCAUGCAGAGCCGGGCGCAACUGACUGUGCAGGGCCAGUGUGUUUUGAUCCUGGAUGAACUUGAGGAUAUUGCGUGUCUCGAAGGUGAUACGGUCACAUUCAGGUGUCGAAUUUGCCCCGAUGACUACAUCGGGGUCAAGUGGUAUCUGGAUGAAACUCUGCUGUACACCAAUGAGCUCAAUGAGAUCAAGAUGUCGCCUGGAGGCUACCACAUCCUCACAUUUAAACAGCUCGCCCGCAAGGACACGGGCACCAUUUCAUUUGUGGCAGGAGACAAAAGGUCAUACGCGUCACUGCUGGUUAGAGAGAGGCGUCCCACCAUCACUAAAGCGCUGGACGACUGUGAGGCUAUUGAAGGAGGUGGUUUGGUUUUGUCAUGUGUGACGUCCAAACCAUGCCACAUUCUCUGGUACAAAGAUGGCUGCCUAAUGUGGAGCUCCUCCAGAUAUUCCGCCAGUCGUUCUGGCUGUGAGGCUCGACUGACAAUUCGAGAAGUCUGUAACAGUGAUGCGGGGGUGUACGAGUGCAGUGCAGGAUCUGUUACAACUAGAGCUGCUGUGACUGUCAAAGCCAUCCCAGCAGAGUUCAUCCAGCCUCUGACAACUGUGGAGGCCAAAGAAGGAGAGACUGUGACCCUGACCUGUGAGUACUCUUUGCCUGGGGUCCAGGUCCUUUGGAAGAGAGGGUUUGAGAGUAUCAGACCCGGAGACAAGUAUGCGAUGAAACAGAGAAAGACGAUCAUCUCUUUAACCAUCAAAUUCUUGAAACCUGUGGACUCAGGCGAAUAUUCCUGUCAGUGCCGCGAUCACCGCACGACUGCAAGUCUCAAAGUGCAUGCUAUUCCUAUUUCAUUCAUACAACAACUGAGGAACAUGCAAGCGGAGGAGGGCAGCAAUACCAUUCUGCGCUGUGAGCUGUCCAAACCUGGAGUAACAGUGGAAUGGAGGAAAGAGGAUGAGCAGCUGAGAAAUGGGGUCAAACACCAGAUAAGAAAAAGGGAGACGACUAUGGAGCUUCUGAUAUGGAAGUGUGUACCUGAGGACAGCGGAGUCUAUAGCUGUGUGUGUGCUGAUCAGAUGACGUCCGCCACUAUCAAAAUCACUGCUCUUCCAGUCACGUUCAAGCAGAAGCUGAGGAACGUGGUGAUCGAGGAGGGCAACACUGCGACUUUUCGCUGUGAGCUGUCUAAACCUGGUCAUGCUGUGGAAUGGAGGAAGAGCGGGAAUGAUCUCAUUAUAAAUGGAGACAAAUAUAAUACACGGCAGAGAGACAUGCUGGUAGAACUGAGGAUCAGUGAUGUGACAACUGAGGACAGCGACAUCUACACAUGCAUCUGUGGAAGCAUAGAGACGACUGCAACACUGACUGUAAAUGCUCUUCCCAUCACUUUCAAGCAAAAACUGAAGAACCUCCAAGUUGCGGAAGGACACAACAUCACAUUGAAUUGUGAGAUCAAUAAACCCGGAGUUCCAGUGGAAUGGAGGCUCGGAGGAGACCUGUUAGAAAACGGGGAGAAGUACCAGAUUAAACAAAGAGGCACUGCCUUGGAGUUGACCAUCAGAGAUCCUGUGCAAGAGGACAGUGGUGUAUACACCUGUGUAUGUAGAGAGCAGAGGACGAAGGCCACUAUUAAAGUUAUCGCAAUUCCUGCCACAUUUAAAAUGAGCCUGAAGAAUCAGGAGGCCGAAGAGGGGAACAGUGUGACGUUACGCUGUGAGCUGUCAAAGAAGGGAGUCCGGCUACAGUGGCAGAGGAACGGUGAGGAGCUGCGUGAGGAGAUGUCUCCGGGCAAGUAUCAGAUGAGAGUCGAAGGAAAAAUGGCUUUGAUGACCAUUGCCAAUGUCCAGUCAGGAGAUGCAGGGAGGUACAGCUGCAUUAUAGGUGAUGAGAAGACCACAGCUGAAAUCAAAGUGAAAUCGCUUCCUGUGAUAUUCAAACGAGAGCUCCAGCACGUUGUGGUAAAGGAAGGGGACAGUGGAGUUUUCUGCUGUGAGCUCUCCAAACCUGGAGCUCCAGUGGAGUGGAGGAAAGGCAGAGUCAUACUGAAGCCUGGAGGGAAAUAUGAGAUGAAGCAGGAGGGACAUCUCACUAAACUGGUCAUCAACAACACAGAGGAGAGUGAUGCUGGCAAAUUCACCUGCAAGACUAAAGACAGCCAAUCAACUGCCGAGCUCACUGUUCAAGCUUUACCAUCAAGUUUCAAGCUGCCAUUGGUAAACCAGGAGGUGACGGAGGGCAACAAUGUGGUUCUGCAUUGUGAGCUCAACAAACCUGCUCCCGUGGUGGAGUGGUGGAGAGGAAGUGAGCUGCUGAAGAAUGGAGCCAAGUAUCAGAUGAGAAAGAAGGACCUCCAGGUGGAGAUGAAGAUUUUGGACCUUAGUGUAGAUGACACUGGAGAUUAUACCUGUAUGUGUGGUGAACAGAGGACAACAGCUCGGAUCCUGGUGAAUGAACAACCCAUUAAAUUCCUCCAAGAACUGAAAAACAUUCAGGUGCAGGAGGGACAUGAGGUGACGCUCUGUUGUGAACUCUCCAAACCUGACAUUCCUGUGCAGUGGAAGAAAAAUGACAAAGUUCUGACCAGUGGAGAGAGAUACCACAUGAAGCACAAUGGCUCCACAGUGGAGCUGCUCAUCAAGAAAAGCCAACCUGAAGACAGUGGCACAUACAGCUGUGUUUGUGAUGACAUGAAAACGACCGCCACCAUCAUUAUCACUGCAAUUCCAGUCACAUUCAAGCAGAAGCUGAAGAACCAGGAGGCUGUGGAGGAGGGCAGCGUUAUGCUGCGCUGUGAGCUUUCUAAGCCAGGAGUCCCAGUAGAGUGGAGGAGAAAUGCUCAGCUCCUGAAGGAGGGAGACAAAUAUCAGUUGAAGCAAGAAGGCCGGGUGGCUGAGAUGCUGAUUAGAAAUUUAAGCCUCAAAGAUGCAGGGGAGUACUGCUGUUUUGUUGGCGCUGUUGUCACUUCAGCUGACAUCAAAGUAAGAGCACUCCCUGUAACAUUUAAGCAAGAGGUUGAGAAUUUAGAACUAAAGGAAGGAGGCAGCGGAGUUUUCUGCUGCAAACUCUCCAAACCUGGAGCUCCAGUUGAAUGGAGGAAAGGCAGAGUUGUCCUCAAACCUGGGUACAAAUAUGAGAUGAAACAGGAGGGAGGUCUCACAAAACUGAUCAUCAAUAACGUGGAGGAGAGUGAUGCUGGGAAAUACACCUGCAAGACCGAAGACAGCCAAUCAACUGCUGAGCUCACGGUCAAAGCUCCUCCCAUCACAUUCAAUACAAAGUUGAGGAACUUGGAGGUGGAGGAGGAGAACAGCGUCACAUUGAGCUGUGAGUUAUCUAAACCCGGCCUGGCUGUGGAGUGGAGGAAAGGAGGUGAGCUUCUGAAGAAUAAUAUCAAGUACCAGAUUAAGAAUCGAAGCAGCAACAUGGAGCUGACCAUAAGAAAUGCACAGCUGGAGGACAGUGGUCUCUACAGCUGCAUCCAUGGUGAUGUCAAGACCACAGCCAAUGUUACUAUCACACCAAUUCCCCUCGCCUUUAAAAUGGGUCUGAAGAACCAAGAGGCCCCUGAAGGUGGUAACGUGUCCCUUCGCUGUGAGCUGUCCAGGGCUGGGGUCCCCGUGCAGUGGUGGAAGGCAGAGGAUCAGCUGUAUCACGGGGGCAGAUAUCAGAUGAUACAGAAAGGAAACAUAGCUGAGAUGAUAAUAAAAAACAUCCAGCCAGAGGAUGUUGGACAAUACAGCUGCAUCUUUGGAGAGCAACAGACAACGGCUGAAGUGAAUGUGAGAGCGGCAGCAUCAGUAUUCUUUGAGAAGGAACUGGAAAACCAAGUGGUAAUGGAGGGGAAAUCUGUGCUGCUGUCCUGUGAAGUUUCCAAUGCUAAUGUCCCGGUCACUUGGAAGAAGGACAACAUUGUGGUGGAAGAAGGACGAUGCGUUAUAAAAAAGAGGGGCCCCACACACUCUCUGGAGAUCAAGAAAUUGCUUCUGGAGGAUGCUGGAGAGUACUGCUGUAUCACCAGAGGCAAAAAGACUGUGGCCAAGCUAAUUGUGAAGGAGCGAGUGAGGAUUGUUACUGCGCUACAAGACAUGACGGUGACAGCAGGAGAGGAUGCAGUGUUUGUGUGUGAGCUGAGCCAUGCAGAUGUGAGUGAAGGUGUCUGGUGGCUUGGGUCUAGCCCUCUGCAGAUGAAUGAGAUGAACCAGAUGAUGUGCCAUGGUCGCCAACACCAACUGGUCCUCACCAUGACGACACCCGAGGAGACGGGCACUGUGGCUUUUGUAAUUGGGGAUGAAAGGACCUCUGCACGUCUGCUAGUGGUUCCUAAACCCAAAGUUUUAAUUGAGGAAAAGCCUGAGGAUGUUGUAAUCAUGGAAGGAGACACAGCCUCUUUGUCCUGCACGAUCUCUGACCUUACCUCCACGGUUACCUGGAGACGCAACCAUAUUCCUCUUCGUAAUGGUGAUAAAUAUGAAUUACGUAAGGAGGGAAAGGUCAACCUGCUGCUUAUUCAUGAUGUGGAGGCCCUGGAUACUGGAAUAUACUGCUGUGAUACAGGGGAUAUGCAGAGCAGUGCCAAACUUACUGUGACAGAGCUCCCUCCAUUCUUCCAGGAAGAGUUGCAGAGUGUGGAAGUUGAAGAGGGAGGUGUGACCACUCUGCAUUGUGAGCUGUCUAAACUUGGAGUGCCAGUUCAAUGGAAGAAGAACAGACUGCCACUAAGAUCCAGCAGGAAAUAUGAGAUAAGGCAGGAUGGCUGCGUCCUCCAGCUGCACAUCAAGGAGCUCAAGCUUGAGGACAGUGGCAGCUACACAUGUGAAGCAGGCAGUGCAGAGACCACUGCAACUGUGACAGUGAAAGAACCCCUUCCAUUCUUCAAGAAAGGCUUAGUAAGUGUGGAGGCUGAUGAGGGAGGUGUAGUCUCCCUGUCCUGUGAGCUGUCUCGACCCGGAGUGUCAGUUAAGUGGAAGAGGAACAAACUGCCGCUGAGAGCAAACACAAAGUAUGAAAUCAUACAAGAUGGCUGCCUUCUUUAUCUCCACAUCAAGGAUCCCAAACCUGAGGACAGUGGCAGCUUCACAUGUCAAGUGGGAGGUGCAGAGACCACUGCAACUGUGACAGUGAAAGAGCUCUUGCCAUUUUUCAAACAAGAACUGAAGAAUGAGGAGGCUGAGGAGGAAGGUACAGUUUCUCUGUACUGUGAGGUGUCUAAGCCUGGAGUGGCAGUGCAGUGGAAGAAGAAUAAGCUGCCACUGAGAGCAAACAUGAAGUAUGAGAUGAGGCAGGAUGGCUGUCUCCAUCAGCUGCACAUUAAGGGGCUCAAACCUGAAGACAGUGGCAGCUACACAUGUCAAGCAGGAAGUGCAGAGACCAUUGCAAGUGUGACAGUGAGAGAGCUCCCACCAUUCUUCAAAAGGGCGCUACAAAGUGUGGAGGCUGAGGAGGGAGGUACAGUCUCACUGUCCUGUGAGGUGUCUAAACCUGGUCUGUCAGUGCAGUGGAGGAAGAACAGGCUGCCACUGAGAGCCAGCAGGAAGCACAAGAUGAAGCAGGAUGGCUGUCUACUGGAGCUCCACAUUGAUGAGCCCAAACCUGAGGACAGUGGCAGCUACACAUGUCAAGCAGGCAGUGUAGAGACCACUGCAAGUGUGACAGUGAAAGAGCUGGCUCCAUUUUUCCACAAGGAAUUACAAAAUGUGGAGGCUGAGGAGGGAGGUCCAGUCUCUCUGUGCUGUGAGGUGUCUAAGCCUGGAGUAUCAGUGCAGUGGAAGAAGAAUAAACGGUCACUGAGAACAAACAGUAAAUACACAAUAAUACAAGAUGGCUGCCUGCUUUACCUCCACAUCAAUGAGCCCAAACCUGAAGACAGUGGCAGUUACUCUUGUCAAGUAGGAAGUGCAGAGACCACUGCAAGUGUCAUAGUAAAAGAGAUCCCACCUUUCUUCUUGAAUGACUUACUAAGUGUGGAGGCUGAGGAGGGAGGUACUGUCUCACUGUCCUGUGAGAUGUCUACACCUGGUCUGUCAGUGCAGUGGAAGAAGAACAGGCUGCCACUGAGAGCCAACAGGAAGUUUAGGAUGAAACAGGAUGGCUGUCUACUGGAGCUCCACAUUGAUGAGGUCAAACCUGAAGACAGUGGCAGCUACACAUGUCAAGCAGGAGGUGCAGAGACCACUGCAACUGUGACAGUGAAAGAGCUGGCUCCAUUUUUCCACAAGGAAUUGCAAAAUGUGGAGGCUGAGGAGGGAGGUACAGUUUCCCUGUGCUGUGAGGUGUCUAAACCAGGGGUGCCUGUACAGUGGAAGAAGAACAAGCUGCCACUGAGAGCAAACACGAAGUAUGAAAUAAUACAAGACGGCUGCCUACUUUAUCUCCACAUCAAAGAGAUCAAACCUCAGGACAGUGGCAGCUACACAUGUCUAACAGGCCGUGUUGAGACCACUGCAACUGUGACAGUGAGAGAACUUCCUCCAUUCUUCAAGAAAGGCUUAAUAAGUGUGGAGGCUGAUGAGGGAGGCCCGGCCUCCUUGUCCUGUGAGUUGUCUAGAUCUGGAGUAACAGUUCAGUGGAAGAAGAAUAAACUACCACUGAGAGCAAACAGGAGGUAUGAAAUAAUACAAGAUGGCUGCCUGCUUCAUCUUCAUAUCAAGGAGCUCAAACCUGAGGACAGCGGAAUCUACACAUGUCAAGCUGGAAGUGCAGAGACCACUGCAACUAUGACAGUGAGAGAGCUCCCACAUUUCUUCAAAAAGGAAUUGGAAAAUCUAGAGGCUGAGGAGGGAGGUACAGUCUCACUGUCCUGUGAAGUGUCUAAACCUGGUCUGUCAGUGCAGUGGAAGAAGAACAGGCUGCCACUGAGAGCCAGCAGUAAGUAUAAGAUGAAGCGUGAUGGCUGUCUGCUGGAGCUCCACAUUGAUGAGGUCAAACCUGAGGAUGGUGGCAGCUACACAUGUCAAGUAGAAAGUGCAGAGACCACUGCGUCGGUGGCAGUGAAAGAGCUGGCUCCAUUCUUCUACAAGGAAAUACAAAACGUAGAGGCUGAGGAGGGAGGUACAGUCUCACUGUCCUGUGAGGUGUCUAAACCAGGGGUUUUAGUUCAGUGGAUGAAGAACAGGCUGCCACUGAGAGCCAGCAGGAAGCUCAAGAUGAAGCAGGAUGGCUCUUUGCUGGAGCUUCACAUUGAUGAGCUCAAACCUGAGGAUAGUGGCAGCUACACAUGUCAAGCAGGAAGUGCAGAGACCACUGCAAGUGUGACAGUGAAAGAGCUGGCUCCAUUUUUCCACAAGGAACUACAAAAUGUGGAGGCUGAGGAGGGAGGUCCAGUCUCUCUGUGCUGUGAGGUGUCUAAGCCUGGAGUAUCAGUGCAGUGGAAGAAGAAUAAACGGUCACUGAGAACAAACAGUAAAUACACAAUAAUACAAGAUGGCUGCCUGCUUCACCUCCACAUCAAUGAGCCCAAACCUGAGGACAGUGGCAGCUACACAUGUCAAGCAGGCAGUGCAGAGACCACUGCAAGUGUGACAGUAAAAGAGAUCACACCUUUCUUCGAGAAGGACUUACAAAGUGUGGAGGCUGAGGAGGGAGGUACUGUCUCACUGUCCUGUGAGGUGUCUAAACCUGGUCUGUCAGUGCAGUGGAAGAAGAACAGGCUGCCACUGAGAGCCAACAGGAAGUUUAGGAUGAAACAGGAUGGCUGUCUACUGGAGCUCCACAUUGAUGAGGUCAAACCUGAGGACAGUGGCAGCUACACGUGUCAAGCAGGAAGUGCAGAGACCACUGCGUCUGUGACAGUGAAAGAGCUGGCUCCAUUCUUCCACAAGGAAUUGCAAAAUGUGAAAGCUGAGGAGGGAGAUAUGGUUUCUCUGUGCUGUGAGGUGUCUAAAUCAGGAGUGGCAGUGCAGUGGAAGAAGAACAAGCUGCCUCUGAAAGCAAACAUGAAGUAUGAGAUGACGCAGGAUGGCUGUCUCCUCCAGCUGCUUAUCAAAGAGCUCAACCCUGAGGACAGUGGCAGCUACACAUGUCAAGCAGGAAGUGCAGAAACCACUGCAACUGUGACAGUAACAGCAUUACAAUCUCGUCCACCAAAGACAGAACCGCCCACUCUAUUACCUCGAGUAAAGGGCACUGUUUCCAAAACAUCUCCUACUCCAGAGAGCGAGAAUCUGAGUCUCCAAGAGGCCAAACCUGUCCCUCCAGAGCCCAAAAAGAGAGCUAAUAGGAAAGCUUCUAUCACAAAUUCAGAAAAGGAUGUAGAGCCUAUAAUAGAUCUAAAUAAGACUAUACUGAAGGUGGGUAAAGCGGAUAAGGGAAAACGACCUGUCAAGUCUGUGGAGGAAGACUUUGACAUUGUACAGAAUAUAACACAACUGGAGAAGGAAGAAGAUCAAAUGUGUGAGGUGGACAACAAACCAGAGAAGUCAAUAAGAUUAUUGGGGAAAGAUGACAGGAUUGACAGGAACGUCAAAGAGCCUAGUAGGUCUUUGGAAACAGAAGUUUUCCUGGGGAAACAACAAAUAGGCGACCUGAUAAGUCAGUCAGAGAGAAUUUCCGAUGACAUUGUGUUUGAACAGAAACAGAUGUUACUUUGUCAAGAAAAGGAAAGUGAAGCCAAGCUGAGCGUAGCACAAUCUGAAAAGCCUUCAGAGAAAAUAGUUGAAGUUGACAAAAGAGAAAAACACAUAGGAACACAUGGGUGGAAGGACAGUGAGGACAGAAAAGGACCUGGGAAGCCACAAGAAGAGUUAAUUGGAAAAGAAACAUCAACGGAUGAUAAUAGUAGGUCCACAGUGAAGGAAGGUGAAGCAGGUAAGACAGAAGAGGAGCCUUUAAAACCCCCGGUAAGAUCUAAAUUUAAGCCAGCUGACAGAAAACAACCUUUCACAUGUAUUGUCAAGAAAACAGAGGAGUUUGUUCCCCAAUCAUUAAAGGCUACAGUAAAUGAUUCAGAAGAGGACCUCAAACAUACAGACUAUAUGAAACAAGUUUCUACAGAGGAAGAACGAGAGAGAAAAACACUGAAGCAAGUCUCUGUACAUCACCUGGACAAACAGUCAAGAGAAGAAUCAGAAACGCCUUCAAUAAGAGAGGAUGAACAUGUCUCUCCAAAACCACCAUUAAGGAUUAAAAGCAAACCAAGAGGAAGAAUGGAAAAACAAGAAGAACAAGAGCCAACAGUGAAAAGUGUGGUGAAAAGAACAGAUGGUCAGGCAACACAACAGUUAUUGAGACCUGUGGAUAAAGAGGAACCCAGAUUUGAGAGGAAACUGUCAGCCACACUAGACACUGAAGUAACUGAUGAAAUAAAGCACACUGUGAAAGCUGAAGAGAAAGAUAUAGACACCAAACAGCCGAUCAAACAACCAGUAAAACCCAUGAAAAAAGACCCUGGAGUCUACCAGGAUAUAAAUGUUGCAGUUAAGCCACUGAGAAGGGAGGAAGAGAAAAAAAUGAUGGAAGCUGUUCCCCUUCUUUACCUGUCAGAAGAUGAGACCUUCUUAGAGGCUUUGACAGAGAUACCAGUGGACUACAGUAAGGAUCAGCCAAUUGGUCAACCCUCUAUUCUUUCUCCAGUGCAUGCACUCCAGGAGAAACAGCCUCCCCAUGCUGCUUCACCAGAUGUUGACAUCAGCGCUGAAUUUGAACCACAAAUGCAAGAUGCUGCAGUCAAAAUCCAGGCUGCCUUUAAAGGCUACAAAACAAGAAGAGACAUGCGACCUGUCUUCACAGAGGUGUUUAAGAACCAGAGUGCAGAUGUUCAUAGUACAAUCACUCUAGUGUGUAUUGUAGACGGAAAACCCAGCAAAGUGCGAUGGCUGAAAAAUGGCACACAGAUCACUAAUGACCACCGCUGCCGUGUUGAGACCACAGAGAACGGUGUGUGCACACUGGUGAUCAAAAACCUCAAAACCAAUGACACUGGAAUCUAUGCCUGUGAGGUGAUGAAUACAUUUGGCAUGACUUCUUACAAUGGAAACAUAACUGUUGUUGAGCCUCUGCAGCCGGUCCCUACAGCCCAGAAACCUGUACACCCACCCCUUGCCGCCAUAACUCCUCUGCAACUUGCUCCAGUAAAGCCUGAGGAACAGACUGAAACACAAACCAAGAACCAGAUUCCCACAUCAGCUACAGAUGAUGCAAAUUAUGUAGAACGUGUGAGUGUCUCUUUGUGGGAGGCCUUCAACCUGACGGAGCAAGAUACACAAAAGAAGCUCCAAAAGAGGAGAGGAUCAUCUCUCAUUGCUGCCUGCUCCAUGUCAAGUCCUUCUGAUUAUGACACAGCUCCUGACAUAAUGGAACCUGUUGAAACCAGCCCAGUUCUUUCAAGGGAAGUUCCAAAGCCAGAAGAUAAAGUACCUCCAAAGGACAAUGAAGAAGCAAUAAGUGCUCCACAAACGCCUAUGAAACUGCUGAAAGUCGUAGGGGCUCAAGGAAGCAAAAUGAGGACACCAUCUCCAAAGCAUCAUCGUGCCCACACACCCUUAACUAGUACUGUAUCUGGAUCAGAAUCAGAAGGAGAGGAGAAUAGCCAAGAGGUGUUUGAAAUGUACGUGGCUCGAGCUGACUGCAGCUCAACCGGUGGUAAUAAGGACAGUUUCAUCCUCAAGGAGGGGCAGUUUGUAGAAGUCCUGGAUUCUUUUCAUCCUGACAGCUGGCUAGUGAGGACCAAACCUGCUAAAACCAACCCUGCGCGACAAGGAUGGGUGUGUCCAGCCUAUCUGGAGAAGAGGAGAAGGGAGACCUUCCCACAAAUAAGAACACCUCAAGAGGAUCUUGAUGAAAUUGGGUCUACAGUAGAAGAAUACAGGAGAGCUCUGAGUCAACUGGUCCAAGGCCUAAUCAAUGGAGAGGAGGAGUUUGUUAGGGAAAUGAAGAUGUUCAUCUCACACCAACUUAAUUAUUUGGACUCUAGUCACAAUGUGCCCGCAAAUAUCCUCAGCCAGAAAGAGAUCAUUUUCAGGAACAUCAAGGACAUUGUGUCUUUGCAUGAGCGGUCAGUCCUCCCUGGUCUAAGAGGCUGUGACACAGACGAUGACGUGGCCAUGCUUCUGAUCAUGCACUCCGAAGACUUUGAGAAGUAUCUCCACUACAUCAUGGGACAAGCACAAGCAGAAGCUUGUGUCACUGACAAGGCUCUGCAGCAGUAUUUCAAGGAGUUAACACAAUAUAGUCAGUCGGAUGAAACCAUCAUGGAUGUACUUACUUUCCUCCAGAGACCAGUGGAGAGGAUUCAAACCUACCAGGGUUUACUGAAGGAGUUAAUCAAGAAUAAAGCCAAGAGUGGUCAGAGCUGCUGUCUGUUAGAGGACGCCUUCUCCAUGGUGUCCUGUCUUUCCUUGAGGUCUGACAAUCUGCACCAGGUAUCACUCAUCGAGAACUACCCAGCUCCUCUAAUUUCCUUGGGUGAGCCUGUGCGACAGGGAGUCUUCACAGUGUGGGAGGAAUCGCCAGAAAUGAAGACAGCCUCUAGAGGGCAUCAGAGACAAGUCUUUUUCUUCAAGGAAUGCAUUGUCCUGUGUAAACUGAAAAGAGACGUGCGCAUGAACAGUGUCACCUACACCUUCAAGAACAAAAUGAAGCUGAAUGAUGUGGAAGUAAAGGAGAGUGUUGGAGGAGAUGAAAAGUCUUGGGGGUUAUGGCAUGAGCACAGGGGCUCGGUGCGGAGGUAUACACUGCAAGGCCGCUCCACGCUGGCUAAACUCCCGUGGCUCAAAGAACUGAAGGAGCUCCAGCAGCGCUCCAGACUGCCCACUAACAGUCCACCAGCGUUUGAUUCGCCACUGUCUGACUGCACAACAAAGAUAGGACAGACGAUUAAACUGACAUGCAAGAUCACAGGAUCACCCAAACCAGUGGCCAGCUGGUUCAAAGAUGGUCUUCCUCUGGAGGAUGACCCCCGUCACAUCAUCACAGCAGACCGGUCUGGCACCUGCAGUCUCGUUCUAGACAAUCUCACUUCUGAAGACUCUGGACAGUAUACCUGCUAUGCCACCAGCUUCAUGGGCACUGCUGGUACUCUGGCGAAGGUUGUGGUGCAGGCUCCACCCAGAUUUGUGAGUCGGCUGGAGAGUGCUUGUCUGAUAGAAGGAGAGGAUAUCCAGUUCACUUGUUCCACGUUCAGUGUUCCAUUACCACGAAUCAGGUGGUUUAAAGAUGGCAGAGAAUUGACUGACCAGCAAAAGUAUUCAAUCGUGAACGACGCUCGUAGUGGAAUCUUGUGUCUGACGGUCAUCAGUGCAACUGUGGCAGAUAUUGGGCAGUAUGAGUGCGAGCUGUGGAAUGAGUUGGGCUGUGUCAAGUGCAAGGCGGGUCUGUGUCCUGCUUAUGUACCAACGAACGACACUCUGACUGACCACUCUCAGGAUUUGCCACCUAAAGAUGCAGACUCCGAGGGCUGGUCCACUGCCUUUGUGAACAAAUGGUUACAGGCUGAUUUAAGCCCCACCUCCAUUGUCAAGAUGCUUCUCCCUCCGGAAUACACUGAACAGUAAUAUAGCGCUGAGGAGGCUGUUCCAUAUCCAUCCACGUCCAUGGAUCUCGCGGUGCAACUGCCUGUAUGUUACCCUGAGGAAGUGGAGGAGGAGAUUUACCUUUCAGAACCAAUGCAAGAGAUUACAGAUGCUCCUCCCUCCAUCCAAGUACCCACUGAAGACGUGUAUGUAGAACCAGGCCAACCAGCUACAUUUGUUGCCAUCAUCACAGGGAGACCUGCUCCUAAGAUACAGUGGUACAAGGAUGAGGAGGAUAUUGCAGCCAAUGAGAAUGUGGAGAUAGUACAGCACGGUGCUCGCUACUCACUGACCAUCGUUUGCUGUGAGGGGGAAGACAGUGCCAUAUACACCUGCAUUGCUUACAAUAACUCUGGUCAUGAUUCGUGCCAGGCUCAGCUUACAGUGGAGGAAGGUCCACUGGAGUGUCAGGAGAGAGAGGUGGAGCUGUGCAAGAGGAGAAAGUUAUUCGCUGUCUAUGAUGUUCAUGAGGAAAUUGGAAGGGGAACAUUUGGGGUGGUGAAGCGUGUCGUCCACAGACGGACUGGUGAAGUCUUCGCUGCCAAGUUCCUGCCUCUGCAGAGCAGCACUCGGACAAGGGCCUUCCAGGAGAGAGACUUGCUGUCCCGUCUGGCUCACCCCAGAGUGGCCUGUCUGCUGGACUUCUUCUGCACCAGACGCACUCUGGUGCUGAUCACAGAAAUCUGUUGCUCUCAUGGACUUCUGGACCAUUUAUUAUUGAGAGGAUCCGUCUCAGAGAGAGAGGUUCAGUCAUACAUCCAGCAAAUCCUAGAGGGUGUUGGCCACAUUCACAGCAUGAACAUCUUGCAUCUGGACAUUAAACCUGAUAAUAUCCUGAUGGUGUAUCCACCGAGAGAUGAAAUCAAGAUCUGUGACUUUGGGUUUUGCCAAGAAAUAGACACCUCCAGACACCAGUACAGCGUGUUCGGUACACCAGAGUUUAUUGCACCUGAGAUUGUUCACCAGGAACCAGUCACAGUGGCCACUGAUAUUUGGGCUGUGGGUGUUAUAGCCUAUCUAUGCCUGGUGUGUCGAUGUCCUUUCUUGGGUGAGACGGACCGUGCAACGCUGCUGACAGUCGGGGAGGGGACCCUGAACUGGGAUGCUCCUGAUGUCAUGAACAGGAGCUUCGAAGCCCAGAACUUUCUCCGCCUGGUCCUUCAGCCAGACCCAGAGAAGCGACCGACUGCCUUUGAGUGCUUGAGCCAUGAAUGGUUCCAGGAUGAAAAUGCAGGAGAGGAUACUGACAAAAUCAACACAAAGAGUUUGAAAGUAUUCAUCUCAAAAGUAAAAUGGCAGCGUUCUUUGACCUGCAUUGGGUCAGUUCUCAUGUUGAGGCCUAUCCCUGAGCUGCUGAACGCUCCCCUCAGAGAGAAUGCAGUGACAGUGCCUCGCGAGCUCCAAGAACACAGCAGCUCUUCUCUGAGCAGUGGCUCAUCAUCAGAGUAUGAUGAAGCUGACUCCUGGGGCUUUUUCCAGCACUACAGCCCAACUGAGGAGGAGGAAGAGGAGGACACAGAUGACGAUUAUGAUCCUUUAAUGGAGAGAGCACAGAUCCCUGUGCCUUUUGCCAAGCCUCAUCUACAUGUAGAGGAGGAGGAGGAACUGACAUUAGGAAAGGAAGAGGAGAGAAGGAGUUCCCUAGAGCGCAGUGUGAGCAGGCAGUCAGUUGUGUCAUCAGAAGCGUCCUUCCAACAGACACCUCUGAGGGAGCGUAAGUUGAGUAAGGACAGCAGUCCAUCUCUCAACCUGUCUGACUGGGAUGAGGGUUCAGGAAGUGACGGAGGCCGUAUCCCUCGGGGCAGCGUCAUCCGAAGCACUUUCUACAGCACCUCUCAUCAGCUUUCACCUCUGUCUGCCAGACACAUGACGCUACGGGACAAAUUCAAAGCCAAAAAGCAGGAGAGAGGACGCAAACCACUCAGAAGAAGCUUUUCAGGACGCCUCAAUGAGCCACUCAUUGAAUAUGUAGAGGAUGAGACUGAAACAAAUCGAGGCCAAAGACGGGGAUCAAUCCAGCCCUCAAUACAGAAAUCCUGUUCCUUUGACAGUGGAGUUGUUCUUGCCCAUGGCAACGUACCUCCUCACAGGAGGAGCAGGUCCCUUGAUGAAUAUUCACGCCGAUCUCCCAGCUCGCCCAAGCGCACAAAGCCAGGUGAGGAAGAGGGCUCUCAAAGUCUUAAGGAAGAUUUCACAGAUGAUGAAGUGGCAGGGAGAGACAUGCUGGCCAUCCCGAGUCCAAGUCCACGGCGACCCACAAGAAGAAAAAGAGUCCCUGCCGCUCCUGUGCAUGGGACACACACACUAGGUGGAAUAUCUGUUCGCUCAAACUUCGUGGCUGGAGACAGAAUGAGCAACACACUGGAUGAGGAACAGGCAGAAGGGGGAAGUACAUUUGCUGGCUCCCAGGGAUCUCUGGCCGAAUCGUCUAUUUUGGAGCAUGGUGGCUCAGAGUCUUCAAGUAGACUCGGCUCCUAUGAGGAGCUUAGUCAUGAUCAUCUCAGAAGAAAUGACAGGUCAGGGGAGAGUGAAGACUAUGAUCGGCGGGAAACUCUGAUUUCAUCAUCCCCCUGCUCAUUCCCAGAAGUCAUACCCAGAGGCUUGCCUCCUCAGGCACCACCGCGUAAUCGCACCCGUUCCAACUCCAACUUAUCUACAACUAGCAGAGGUCAAUCGGGCCCCUCACUAACACCGAGCCCAAGUCCCAGCCUCUCUUCACUCCAGGCUCCAGAGACGCCUCCAAGGGCCAGGGGAAAGAAGGAAAGCUACGGCCUGCAGAGGCACGCAUCUGCUCCAGCUUUGGAAAUUCGGCUCCCCACAGGAAAGUCACCCAAGCUGGGGCUGCUGAAGAUGUUACGCAGGCAGUCUUGGACUGGCCAUUCAUACUCCCAGCUGGAGAACACAGAGUUAGGACCCACACUGGGUGAGAUCAUGAAGCCAGAUUCACCCAGCAUGUCUCUGCGGAAGAAAAUUAGAGCUUCAGCCUCCAGCCUGACCAAGCUGUUUUCCAGGUCUUCCAGUAAGGAGGAUGUGAGUCAAGGGCCGAUAGUUAAAGGAUCAGCCCAACUCCCAUCUGAAAGGGAGCAUCGAACUGGUCUUGAAAGUCCAAAAAAGAGGACCUCCAAAAUCCUGCCUUCUCUCAAAAUACCUGGAUUCAAAAAGACAAAAGUUCUCCCCGUACGUCCCAACAAAGCGGAUGUGCUCCAUUUGGAUGGGGGCAGAGUCCUGGUGGUCUGGAGACCAGUACAGUCCAGUGAGCCUGUCACCUACUGUGUGCAGUACAGUACAAACGGUGGUGAGUGGACGGUCCUGUCAGAGGAGGUGACCGAUAGCUGCUACGUGGUGAAGGAUUUACCAAGAGGACUGUCCUAUGUGUUCAGAGUUGGCUGCAUCACUAAGAUAGGAGCAGGACCUUUCAGUGAUCCUUCUGCACCUGUUGUACUGGCAACGCACCCUGAAGAGACUCAUGUCUCUCUCAUUCAAACUGAGACCUUGGGGUCAAAGGCCACUGGAUCAGAAGGAUCACCUCCACAUAAGAGCUACAGUUUCCUCUCUGAGAUCAACAGGGGUCGGUUCAGUGUAAUAAGCCUUUGUAGGAAUGUUGAGACCAGCCAAGUGUUUGCUGCUAAGAUCACCCCGUACCACGCACAGCAAAGACAGUUGGUGCUGAGUGAGUAUCAGCUGCUCAAGAGACUCCAUCACUCACACCUGGUGCAGCUGCACACUGCCUUCAUCACCCCCUGCUACCUGGUGUUAGUGGAGGAGCUUUGCCCCGGCAAGGAGCUGCUCGACAGUCUCGCUGUGAGAGAUCUGUACGCAGAGGUUCACGUUGCAGAGCUGCUGUUCCAGAUUCUGAGCGCCGUCGACUACCUUCACAGCCGUCGAGUCGUCCACCUGGACCUGAAGUCUGACAACAUGCUGGUGGACGAUUGUAACCACCUGAAGAUUGUAGACUUUGGCUCAGCUCAGUCCUUCACACCUGGACAGCCCCUCAUUGUCGAACACAUCCAAGGCCUGUCAGAGAGCAAAGACUGUCGCAGCAAAGUUUAUAUUGUCCUUCCUAAAGCUCCGGAAAUCCUGGAGGGUCAUGGUGUCGGGCCAGAAACUGAUAUUUGGGCUGUUGGAGUUCUGUCCUUCAUCAUGCUGAGCGCAGACAGCCCGUUCUCUGCCGAGCACAGCUGGGAGGAGGACAGAAACAUUAAGAAGGGGAAGAUCCAGUUUGGGUGCUGUUACCCUGGACUUUCAGAGGGAGCGUUGAACUUCAUGAAGAGCAGCCUGAAUAACAAAUCCUGGGGGAGACCCACUGCUGCUGAGUGUCUCCAGAACCCAUGGCUGCGCACUCAUCGUGCUCCUCACAAAGCCCGGCACUCCAAAGUGUGUUUCUCCACAGACAAGCUCAAAGCUUACCUCAAGCAGAAGGAGGAGAAACGAGAGCUGGUCCGUACCAAGCUUCAGGGUCCUUUCUUUCAGUAGUGCAAUCAUGCAAAUGAAUCUCUCACCAGCUGGUUUAACAUAUGCAGCCUCUUACUCGGCACCUUUGAUUAUAGCUGUGUGGUAAACAUUUAAAAAGAAUGACAUUUUAGUUUCUGAUUAUGAAAAUGUGAUGCGUCUUAAUGAGUUUGUAGGUACGUUUGUACGUGAGCGUUUUUAAGGUUUUAAGUUUUAAGUUUGCUCUGGCUUAAUGUGGAAACCAAUCAGGGAUAAAAACACAAAGAAUCUAUGCAGCCGUGUUUGUUUGUGACAUGAGAAACAUGAGUUGUUUUUCGACGUAUUUUUCUCUCACAGGGAAAAAACUCAAACAUUUCUGUUGUGCAGCUCUGCUUGAUUCAGAAACCCGAGUUUGUUUUAUUUAAAUCUUUAAAUGUUAAGACUGCGAUGUAUAAAUGGUAAAUGAAUUGAUGAUUGAUUGAUGCUUCACUGGAGUUUCAUUUUAAUGAUAUAUUGGGUUAAAUACCCACUGGAGUGAGUCAGUGAACCACAGAUUUAAAUAAACAUGAAUAGAGUGGUCA